AUGACUUAUGAAUGCAGCAGCUGUACGCAGUCCCUCAAAUCUGGCGUCGCGAUUUCACGUUUGGUCACCGAGAGCUCUCUCAGCGACUCCAACAGUGUGGACACUUUUCUCGAGUCGCCACGACUUGUUCGGAAGAACACCAUCAUGGGAAGAAUCCCAUCGAGAGAAGUGUUGGAGUCUGGUAAGGUGAAGGUCGUGUUGGAUACCGUCCAGUCUAUGCUGAAUGAGGAUGCGACCAAUAAGUUUUUGAUUUUCUUCCAGUUCACGUCCUUGUUAGAGAUAACAAAGGAAGAGAUCGAGCGCCGUGGGUUGGGCUCGUGUGGGGUGAGCAAUGCCUCUUGUGGACAGCAGCGGUCUCUCUUGUGGGAUCCUUUCCUGGUGCAGGAGGCCUCUUUCAAUAUAUUGUUGAUAUCUUUACGCGCAGCUGGAGAGGGAAUCAACUUGCAGGCCGCGAACAAGGCCUUCGUGAUCGAUCCAUGGUGGAACCCAGCAGCCGAGCUCCAAGCGGUGCAACGUGCACACCGCCUUGGGCAGACUCGUAGGGUAGAUGUUGUGAAGUUUGUCGUUACUAAUACGAUAGAGGAAAGGAUUCGUACAUUGCAGCGUAAGAAGCAGCUUGCCGCGGAUACCACUGUGGGUGGUGAUGAGAAUGCUAGUUAUCAUCUGCAGCAGCUUAGUCUGCAGGACUUGAAGUUCCUGUUCAAGGUUUGA